AGCCAUUGGAGGAGAGACCAAGACAGCAGGCAGGAAGGCAGGCUGUGCGUCAGCCGGCGCUCCGUAGGGAAACAUGGAGACUAGCAGGAGAUGCUGAAGAGGACAGAACAUAGCAGUAACAGGAUCAUGUAGAUGGAUGGUGCUUCAUCAAGCGGGUCAACCUAAAGGGAAACCACGCAGAGGAUAAACCACUUAUGGACGCAGUGGAUUAAAGACCCGCAGACAGAGAGAGAGGGAUUAGAGGAGGAGAAAUUAUUUUGAUUGUCUGUGUGUGCGCACUUGUCGUAGACAGGGAGUGUGUUGGUGUGUCUGUCUGUGUGUGUGUGUGUGUGGAUGAGGCAGGAGACUGCAUUGUUGCUCUCCAGCACCACAGGACAGAAAAAAGACAAGCAGAUUACCUUAUGUGUUUUCUCCAUUUUCUGUCUCUCCCUCUCUCUAUGCAUGUGUGUAGUCCCCCACUGUGCGAGUGUGUGUGUGUGUGUGAGUAAAGUGAGCGACAAAGUCUGACUUUUAAAUGGUAGUUUUUUGCCGCAUCAUCUGGACAGGGAUUGAAGAAAAAGAAAGAAAGACUGUUUUCUGUCUUUCUUCAUCACACAUGUCACACCUCCAAUUUGGGCAUUGGUGCUGAUCAGAGAGCCUUUAAGGGUGGCUUCUAUGCUGGAGGCUCGAAGGCUUGAAGGGCCGGGAGACUUCUCGGCUCUAUACCUCAGAGAGGCGGAGGCAUCAUCAGGUAGGAGGCGGCCGAAGGCGGGGGGCACUAAGCGUUUAAGCAGGAGGAAGAGUUGUCGUAGACCGUGCAGGGCGAUGGCCCGGCUGGUGAAGCUGCCCCAUGGUUGAAAACCCUUCUGAGAAAGGAUGAUGGCAGCUCUGGUUCCACUCUCCCCCUCUCCCCCCCCGUCUGUCACCGAGAAGCUGGAAAGUGCUAGCCGAUCCCACAAGGAGCCCACCAAGACGAUGGUGUGAACACGGCCUUUCCCAUCGCUCAAGAAGACCACUGACACCCCCGCGAAGGGGACACGUAUUUGUUGCUCAGCUUGUUCAUCCUCCCUUUUCUCCAAAAACGGCCGACAACAAGGGGUAACGCUGCUCUAUUAGCAUGGGAGUUCUCUCCCUCUCCCUCCCACUCUCUCCUACUCCACCGCCUCCCCACAUCUGACCGUACCGACAUCCAAGCUCCGCGCCGUGGACAACCAGUCCUUCUGCUCUUUCCCUACCUUCCCUACCUUUACCUACCUUCUUCUUUUUGUCGAGGCUUCAGUGGAAUUGCCAAGACCUGUUUCAUGCAUGUCCACUGGCGGCAGGUUCAACUUUGACGAUGGGGGGUCAUACUGCGGUGGGUGGGAGGAGGGCAAGGCGCACGGCCAUGGGAUCUGCACGGGACCCAAGGGCCAGGGUGAGUACUGCGGCUCCUGGGCCCACGGUUUUGAGCUGCUGGGCCUCUAUACCUGGCCCAGCGGAAACACCUACCAGGGCACCUGGGCUCAGGGCAAGAGACACGGCGUGGGCAUCGAGAAUAAGGGCCGCUGGGUAUAUAAGGGCGAGUGGACGCACGGCUUUAAGGGAAGAUACGGCGUGCGGGAGAGCACGGGCACGAGUGGGAAGUACGAGGGGACCUGGAACAACGGACUGCAGGACGGAUAUGGAACAGAAACAUACUCGGAUGGAGGAACAUUUCAAGGCCAGUGGGUUGGCGGGAUGCGACACGGCUAUGGAGUUCGCCAAAGUGUGCCCUACGGCAUGGCGGCCGUCAUCCGCUCCCCGCUCCGUACUUCUAUAAACUCUCUCCGCUCCGGUUCGGAGAACAGCAACGGCACAGCUCUGCUGGACCGUACCGGAGCGGUGGUCCCCGGUCCUUCCCCCGGUCCCGGCACUUUGACCACCAGCGUGUCCAUGUGCAGCACGGGCAGCAGUCCCGCCGUGUCCCGUGGGGGCUUUGUGCUGACGGCACACAGCGAGGCCGAGCUGCUGAAGGGGAAGCGGAAAGGCGGGCUGUUCCGGAGGUCCAUCCUUUCAGGGCUCAAGCUGAGGAAGUCCGAGUCCAGAAGCUCUUUGGCCUCCCAGAGGUCCAAACAGAGCUCCUUCAGGAGUGAGGCUGGGAUGAGCACCGUGUCCUCGGCUAUAUCGGAUAUAAACUCUACUAUAAGUCUUGGAGACGCAGACGCAGAGUUGGCCGUCGCAGACGAUGACGUAGACGCCACAGCAACUGAGACCUACUGUGGGGAGUGGAAGAACGACAAGCGGACCGGAUUCGGUGUCAGUCGACGCUCCGACGGCCUCCAGUACGAGGGGGAGUGGCUCAGCAACAAGCGCCACGGCUACGGUUGCACCGCGUUUCCCGAUGGCACCAAAGAGGAAGGGAAAUACAAACAGAACAUCCUGGUGAGCGGCAAAAGGAAGAACCUGAUCCCACUCCGGGCCAGUAAGAUCAGAGAGAAGGUGGACCGAGCCGUGGAGGGAGCACAGAAAGCAGCCGACAUCUCCCGACAGAAGGCAGAGAUCGCUCUGUCCAGUGUUGAGUAUACCGUGGUCCCUGGCAAAGCAGAACUGGCAGAGAGUGCAGCGAGGGGCAAAGAGACGAUGGGGGGAUCAAUAGCCAUCAACAUGCAACACUGCAUCAAGACUGUUACUGCGCAGCGAGAGAAAAUAAGGCGUGUUGGAGAGGAUUUUCUACACAAGUCGAAAGCUCCUCGAAAGACUGAAAGAGGGAGACAAAGGACGGCUCAUUCGCAGGGCAAAGCUGAGGCAGCGGUUGAAGCCGCUCAGAAAGCCCAGGAGGAGAGUCGCAUGGCGAGGGUCACCGCCAAGCAGUUCUCUCCUUCCUUCCAGCACCCAGGAAAUGGCAUGGAGGUGCAGCGCCCCAAACGCCAGGUGUCCAGCGAGGUUGAGGGUCAGGGGCUGUCGAGUAGCGCCUGCACCACCGACAGCCCGGACCUCUACGUCAAGAGCGUGGGCUCCGACGACCCCUCGAACGAUGCCGCCACCCCUGACCUCAGCCCCCCUUCCUCCUCACCGCCCCACACCCCGCCUCCCCCGGCCCGGCCGUCCCAGCGAAGCAAAAGUGCCCGCUUCCACCGGCAGACCGCCGUGGACCACGGGGACAAGAAUAAGGAGGGUGGAGAAAAAAGUGAGAAAGGCGGGGGAGGAGGGCAGAAGGAGAUCCAGGUGAUGAUGGAGGGAGGAAGCGUGGGAGUUGAAGGUGGUGGCGGAGGAGGGAAGGGGGAGCACCCACGGGCCAACAGCUGGAGCGAGGACAAGAGGAGAGGGGGGUUGUCGAAAGGGGGAGGCGGGCUCAGCGGACCAGGAGUGAGCCGGACCAAUGGACACAAACACAGCUCCGCCAAUCACAAGUCCCGGGAACAUGGAUCAUCCAAUCACAGACAGGCUAGAGGAGACAGAUGGGUGGAGUCGGCCUCGUCGGCCUCUUGGACUUCGGGGCACAGGGCCGUGCACGUUCUGGCGGGGCGGCUGCUGGAGCAGGAUGAGGAGAAAAUUAGCAAUUAUGAGAUGGAGAUGAAGCCUUUACAGCCCAGAGACUCCACUACCCACAAGCCCGAUGGGCAGAGGGAGGAGACGCCCGGGCAUAGUCACGCUCACGGAGAGGGCCGCUCGCACACAGUGCAGCGCCAGAGGCCUAAGAACCGCGAGGGGAGGGAGGGAAAAGAGGGCAGAGAGGGGGGCAAAGACUCAGCGCACAAGCCGGACCGAGCGGGGGAAAAGAUGGAUUCACGGCCUCUGCAUCGGGACCUCACCCUCUCCCCCCCUCUGAAGUCCUCCCCCAUCCUACCGGAGCAGCAGGACCAUAGCCUCACGCAGAGCAAAGGCAACUCGGCCUACAGCUCUUUCCUGGUUGUCAUGGUGAUUCUGCUCAACAUUGGAGUGGCUAUUUUGUUUAUUCACUUUUUUAUUUAAAGACAGCACCGCUUUCAGAGUCAGCUUGUUGAUGCUACAACAACUAUACAUUUCAUGUGAGUAUUACAGAGAAAACCUGCAGUACCCCCUUCUGCCCCCCCACCCCGGCGGGAGGACUGCAGGGGAAGAUGAGGACAAAGGCUCCACCGAUUAUUCGGACGAAGCUAGCUUGCCCGUGGGUAUCCUCGCCCAAGCUCGGUCCGAACGUCCCUGAAAGAGAUGCUGGAGCACCCGGCGGAGCGGACGCAAGAGGGGCCGACCCGGUCCAGAAGGUGGACUCACGUGAGCUCUAGCAGCUCCACAUAAAGAACCAAAUUGGCCAAAGCGGUCUGAUCCCCAGGCCCUGAGCGCUGCAGCUGACACAACAGCGACAUGUCUGCUUCCAAUGUCUGCAGACAGCACCGACGAGAUAGACUUUUUUCAUCUUAAAUAAUCUUUAACAGAUUUGUAACUUACAAUGUAUGUAUUACCAUUUGUUUUUCUCUCAUGUACAAUAUGUUGAUGGAUAUAUUCUUUAUUUUGUAACCCUCCAGCCCUCUUUCUAUAACUCCUGCCUUUUGGUUCCUCCGCCUGGCCCGGGUGUUGUUACCGAUGGUUCAACGUGCGUGUGCGAGCGUGUGUGUGCGACGGCUGGCGAGUUGUUGCUUUCAGCACAUCCCUCAGAUUCGUCUCCUCUGAUACACAUCUCCUCUCAGUCAGUCCUGCACCCAACGGCGCCAAGCCUGUAUGUGUAACGCCAGUAACAUGGCUUUGACCGAAAUAUCAUUUUAAUAAAUCACUCUCUCAGACAUUACCUGAAGACAGUGACUACACUUGCAAGAUGUCUGCACUUUUGUAGAGCAAAGUGAUGAAAGUACAAAAAAAGCAUGCGUUUGUACUGUAAUGUCUCAGUCGUUUGUUGAAUCUGAAAGCAACAGGAAGACGCUUUGAUUGGAGCAGUGUCUGGACAGAAAGCUGUCCGCUACCCAUUGUGAUGCUGAGGCCCCAAAAGAAAUUUACUCAUGUGAUUGGUCGUCGCUGGGUUGAAACCAAUUGCGGCCUCCACGUGGGGCUAAGAGGUCCUCCGGGCCGCCUUGAAGAAAAGUGUUUGGAAGGAUUUUGGUGUGAAGAAGGUUGUGGUGUGGUAAGAGAGCCGCAAGUUCAGGAUCUACCGCCUCCGUUCCCCAGCUUCUCCUCCAAUGGCUGCAGACCCUCACUGACAGGCAGGCAGGCAGAAGAAUAAAGAAUAUAAAAUAUAUAUAUAUUUUUUUUUUUUAUUGUAGAGAGAAGAAAGCAAGUUUAACGUUGCCAUCAGUAACAACUUCCAGCGGGGCAGGGAGGUUUGCUGCUGUUUGUUCUGUCUGACGCAGUGUUCCUCAAACUAUACACAUUUCUGGUGUUGGUGUCUGGUCCCCCUGCCCGCCCCAACAUUAUGGGUACAUAAGGGUGCAGUCUGAUGUGCCUGCACCGCAAGAGGCAGACAAAUGUGUUUUGGUUUUACAUUUUUUGGUCCCCAAUUAAAGGAGGGUCCAAGAACCUCUGCUGUAUGCCAUGAGCCUGGUGAUGAUGUGAGUUUGCAGCAUGCUACAGCAUGCCAAGCUCUCUCUAUCGUUUUACUCUCUUCUUUCUUUCUGUCUUUCUUUCUUUUUCUCUCUUUUUCUUGCUUUAUGUUUCUGGGAAUAACUGUUUUGUUUUUGAGU